AUGCAAUUAAAUUGGAAAUUAAUUUAGUUCUAUUCAACAAACAUUAUGAAUGUUACUAUUGGACUGCUUUUAUAUUUAUAAGAUGUUAGUUUAAUAUUAUCACUUGUAUUACUAAUUAUAAACGGAAUAAUAUUGCUAACAAGUUUACUAAUCAUUCAAAAAAAAAAAGUAAUUUCAAAAAAAUAUUUUCGAUGGUUUAUGAGUAUUACACUAAGUGUUCACAUAUCAUUUUGUUGUAUUUUAGAUAGAGAUUUAACUAGAACCGCUUAUAUAUUGUUGAAAGCAUAAGAAAUGUUAAUGGUUAUGAAAUAAUCAAAAACUAAAUCCUUAAUACUACAUCUCCUUUAUAACAUUUUAUUUAUUGUCUUAUUCAUUAUUCAUUAAGAAAAUAUAAUUUCAUAUAUAGUCACUAUUUAUUGUACAAUUUUGAUGUUAAAAUUAAAAAAUUGUUCAUUAAUGGAAUAAAAUUAAGAAUUGGAAUUGCCUUAAUAGAUGACUAAACCCACUCAGAGAAAUUCAGAAUUUAUCAAUUUAAUAUCAGAUUCAAUUAGUAAUUCUUGGUUAAUUCGAUUAUAAAAUAUUCCAGUAGGCAUCAUGAUUGUAAAAAAAGAUAAUCUGUAAAUUAUGUUUUAAAAUCAAUCUCUCCUCUAAAUGUUUAAUGGUAUUUAAGAUAUUCCUAAAUUUUUAAUGAAUGAAUUAUAAUUUAAACUAUAAAUCAAAAGAAAAAGGAAAUAGGUUAAAGAGACAAGUUUAAAAUUACCAAAACAAUCCCCAAUAUAAUAGAGUAGUGUACCAAUAUUUUUUAGUUGCAAUAAAAUGCUUAGUAAUUAAAAGCUUCCAAAUACAUUGAAUGAAAUAUUAUUAGAACUUUAAAAUGGAAAUCUUGAUUAAUUUUAUUCAAAAGAGAAUAAUUUAGAACUUAUAGCUUAAUUAUCAAAAACUAAAUAAGCAGCAUUUCAUGAGGAAGAAUAUACAAGAAAUAUUUAGUGUAAGAUAUUUUGUGGUUAAAAUGAUUAAGAAUAUUUGAUUAUAAUGGAUGACAUAUCACUUCAAAGCUAUUUAUAAAAAUUAGAAACAAGAGAAAAAUUUUAAGUUAGAAUAAUUGAUUCUUUUUCUCAUGAAUUAAGAACACCUCUAAAUAGCGCUAAAUUAUUUCUUGAUGGACUUGUUAAUGAUCAAAGUAUCAAUGAAAAUCAUAAAUAUAAUUUUAUUUAUCCUGCUUCUAAUGCACUAAAAUUAUAAGCAUAUUUAAUUAGAGAUAUUAUAGAUUUUACUUAAUUUCAUUCUCAAGUAAUCAAAUAUAAAUUUGAAGAAUUUAACUUUGAAGAUAUUGUUGAAGAAGUAAAUGAUAUAUUUAGGCCAAUUCUGUAAAUGAAAAACCUUGGAUUACAUAUAAAUGUUAAAAAUUCUGUUCCUCCACUAAUAUAUUCAGAUUUUGAUAGAAUUAUGUAGAUUUUAGUAAAUAUAAUCUAGAAUUCAAUUAAAUUUUCUGAGCGAGGAUUGAUCACCUUAGAAAUUUCUUUUUAUGAAAAUACUUUAUCAUUUUGUGUAAAAGAUUAAGGUGCAGGUAUAUAAAAUGAUUAAUUACAGAAAAUUUAAGAAUUCUUGUAGUCCUUUAACUUAAAUAGAGAUUUUUCAUGUCAUGAUGAAUGGUAAGGUUUAGGAUUACUUGUCAGUUAAAUGAAUUUAUUCAAAUUAGCUCCUUUAAAUAAAACUUAAUUGAAAAUAACUUCUAGUGGUCAAGGUGAAGGAACUUAAGUCUUCUUUAAAAUUAGAACAAGUUAAUCUUCUAAUACUCAAAUAUUAGGUGGUACUAUAAAAAGAUAAAGUUUAAGAACUGCUUUUACUGUACCAGAUCUGUGUAUGGGAAUUCAAGGCUUAUUAAUAAUUAAUAAUCCAAAAUUUGAUAAUAUAAUGGUCGAUAAAAAAAUUUAAUAAAUUCCAAUUAGACAUCACUCCUCAAUAGCUAAUUAUUUUCGACCUUAAUAAUCAACUGGAUUGUUAAAUUAAUAUGUAUAACAAGAAACCGAUCUAUUAUAAGAUGAUGACACUUUAAGAGGAAACAUUCAGGAUAAUUUACUUAAAUUAAAUAUAAUAAGCAAACCAUUUUCAAUUUUUAUAAAUAAUAAGGAUUCAAAAGAAAAAUAAAUUAAAAGAAGAAAAAAAUCUUCCUUUAGCCUUUCAGAAUUAGAUAUAGCCUCAAGCAAAAGACCAAAUACAUUAAUCUCAAGACUAAUUUAAAGAGAAGAAUAGGAGAUAGAAAUGGAAGAAAAAUUUGAAAAUUUGUAGUUUUCUUGUCAAUGUGCGAGAAUAUUAUCUGUAGAUGAUGAUCUCUUUAAUUAAAAAGCCCUAUAAGUCAUCAUAAGAUAAAUGGGGUUUAGAUUAUUAAUAGUAAUUUUCAUUUAAUUUUUAGGCAUAUAAUGGAUGUCAGGCUGUUGAAUUAAUUUAAAAUACUGAAAAAUGUUCUGAAUCGUGUAAAUUGUUUCAUUUUAUUCUAAUGGAUUGUUAAAUGCCUAUAAUGGAUGGAUGGACGACUACAAAAAUUUUAAUGGAUCUUAUAAGAGAUAAGAUUGUACCAGAUAUCCCAAUUAUAGGGUUGACUGCAUUUAAUUCGACAGAGGAUAUCAACAAAUGCCUAGAAGUUGGAAUGAGAGAUGUCUUAACGAAGCCCUUAAAUAUCACCUAGUUAAAACAAGUGUUAAUAAAAUUAUUUAAUUGA